GGUUGCGUGCGCCGCUCUGUCAAAGCUUGAUUCCAGGUUCAACUCCCAGGCGUCGAGAUCUUAUUCGUUUGUGAAUCUUUCUUUUUCCAUGCUUUUUCUUUGGUCAACAACCAAGCACAGCUCUCUAUAGUUAUUCACUACUCCGUGCAGGAAAUACUCUCUUUCUGUCUUGAGGGAAGGAUUUUUGGACUAAGGGUACCAUGAUACUUUCUGUUUUGUCGAGCCCCGCUUUGGUCUCUGGUUUGAUGGUUGCACGUGCUAAAAAUCCGGUACAUUCCGUUUUGUUUCCCAUCCCAGUCUUUCGCGACACUUCAGGUUUACUUAUUUUGUUAGGUCUCGACUUCUCCGCUAUGAUCUUCCUAGUAGUUCAUAUAGGAGCUAUAGCCGUUUCAUUCCUAUUCGUUGUUAUGAUGUUCCAUAUUCAAAUAGCGGAGAUUCACGAAGAAGUAUUGCGCUAUUUACCAGUGAGUGGUAUUAUUGGACUGAUCCUUUGGUGGGAAAUGUUCUUCAUUUUAGAUAAUGAAACCAUUCCAUUACUACCAACCCAAAGAAAUACGACCUCUCUGAGAUAUACGGUUUAUGCCGGAAAGGUACGAAGUCGGACUAAUUUGGAAACAUUGGGCAAUUUACUUUAUACCUACUAUUUUGUCUGGUUUUUGGUUUCUAGUCUAAUUUUAUUCGUUGCCAUGAUUGGGGCUAUAGUACUGACUAUGCAUAGGACUACUCAGGUAAAAAGACAGGAUGUUUUCCGACGAAAUACUAUUGAUUUUAGGAGGACUAUAAUGAGGAGGACGACAGACCCACUCACGAUCGACUAA